UUAUGGUUAAUAGAUGUGGGGUAGCUUUCGUUUUAGAGCUUUGUGGUGUCAUUGUUUGAAUGUUGUGACAGCGCCAUGUGUUGAUUGUUUAAAAAUCCCGAUACUUGCUAUGGACGAGUAUAGGAAAAUAUGGAAAAAAGUGGAUGCAAACCCAGAUGAAGGAUUUGUCUUUUCUGAUGAAAUAUGGAAGAAGUACUAUACAACUUCGAAAAUACUCAACAACACUUUCAGAUCAAUUGUAGAAUUUUGUUCUGAAGGUGAUACCAGCAGUGAGACAGUACAGGCUGCUAAGAGGGCUCAGAAUUUAAGACAGCUAUGUAUAGUGUAUAAAAAGAAAAUUAAAUGGAAAAAUCCAACUGAGCGCAGGUACCUCAACGUACUCCACCCUGUUGCGAAGUGUCCUGAAAAAUCUCUUCUGGAUGCUGUGCAGCAUGAGGUCUAUUGUUACUUGUACGACAAAUUGACUCAUUCCAAUGCAAGAUACCCUCUUACAAAAGAAGAAAAUUCGCUCUUCAGUACGUUGCACCAGCAGGUGUUACAAGAAAGACCUAUGUUUUACAAAUAUGUUGAGAACAUAUGGCCUACACAUCAAAAGAGAUGCAAGAAUAUACAUCCAGAAAUAAAGAAGUAUGUGGAUACAGUAUGGAAGGUACGUCUGUCUUCUGUUGCUACUUAUCCUCAGAAGUAUUGUAAUGUGAAAAUGGUUCCACUGGUAUUUUCUGGGAAUAGCAAACUUGUCAGAGCGCUCCCAGCACCUAAGGACUCUUUUUCAUCGGGAAUUGCUGCCAGAUAUGUACCACCUAAUUACGGAAUGGAACUAAAAGUGAAAACAGACAAUGAUGAAAUGGCAGCCGUAUUUCCUCCAGAGAGCUUUGCAACAAAGACACCAGUGAGCAGAGACAAAACAGCUCAGAAUAUUGUCUCUGGUUGUGGACCUGAUGUGGUCAUAUCAAUGAGUGGUUUGAAAUGCAUUAUGGACAAUUUCUCCCCAGAAUAUGAUACAGAAUGGGACAUCCCUGUUGUUGUAAGAGAAGAAAAAUCAUCAAAUGUCUCAUAUUUCGGUAAAAAAGUUGUUUAUAUUGAUAAACCAUUGCCACCAAGGAACAUGAGUACUAUGGAUAAAAAUAAAUGGUAUCACAAAUACAGUAUCAGAGCUCUUCUGUGUCGUCCACGGAGCCAAGGGGUUUUGAAGCCCACAGUUACUGCAUCUGUAGGCAGUAAAAGUGCAUCACCAACAAAAUCUGCACGAAAUACGUCAGCAGAGAAAGCUGAAAAUGAGUUGCAAAGUGAAAGUCCUGAACUCGUAUGUAAAAAGGAUGGUGCAGAAAGUGAAAAUGACGAAAAACUUGUGGAGUCAUCAGAGGAAGAUGAUCAGUGUCCUUCAGAUUCAUCAACUGAAAGACUCUUCAUUGCUUGUAGUGAUGAUGAUGACAGCACCAGAGAACAUCACACACAGAAGAAAAAGAAGGUGACGCGUCAGCCAGCUCCAAAACUAAAUCGAACUAAGAAUCUAGAAGAAAGAAGAAAAUCACAGUGUUCUGAUAGAAGUGAAAUUGAGUCAUGUGAUAACAAGACAUGUGAUAAUAAGAACGCAAGUGCAAGUUUUAAUAAGAAUGCAAGUGCAAGUGUAAAUAAAAAUGCAACUGCAAGUGUUCAAAAACAAAUAAAAACCUAUGGAAAACAGUCAAAGCAUAAUACGUUGAAUGUUUCUGCUACUGCAAGCUGUGCAGCACAUGAACUAGAGAAAUCGAGUCCCGGUAACAAUGGAAACAUAUCCGAAGAAGAAAAACACACUUCAGAAGACCAUAGUAAGAGAAUUAAUUUGAUGUCAAACUUCAGUGUAUCUUACAGACUGUGGAAAUUGAUGCUUGAGAAAGACAGCCAAGAGGAAACGAGAGCCAAUUUUCUGAAAAGUGAAAGCGGCUACAGGCCCAUAGUGAUGCUUGUGCGAAGCAAGCAAGAUGCUGUGAGGAUAGCUAAUGGUGAAGUUCAUCCUGUCUGUCUGGCAUCAAAACUUGAGUAUCAGUCAGAGUAUGGUAUGGAACUUCCAGCCAUGUCGGAGGUCUGCAGGCAGUGGAUCUCCCUGUAUUUCAGGGAUAAAUGCAAUUUGGUUAGAGCAAGGAUUGACGCACCAUCUCAGAAACUGCUCUUAGUUGAGGACAAAAAGAUGGAAGAUCUGGCUCGAGAAUGGUUUGACCAGCGAAUUCGUUCCUCCUUGCUGUCCAUCUUGUACAGUAUACUGCUUGGUCUACUGGAUGUGGAACCAGGAGAUUAUCUGCUGUCUCACAGGAAGAAAAUGGGUGCUUUUGCAUCACUAAUGAAAGCCACUGACAGGGAUAGUUCUUUGGACCUGAAACAGAUAUAUGAAAGUGUUGAUGCUGAAGCACCAGAAAUUGUAACAGAGAUUCAGUGGCCACCGCUUGAUGUCAACUUGCAGACACCAAACCAGUACAAACUACAUCGAGUCCCAUGCCUUUUUGAACCCUGUACCAUUAGUCAGAAUACCACUUAUAAAACCCAAAAUAAGUUUAAACCUAAUAAAAAGAGACAAAAGAAAAAGAAGAAGAAAAAACCCAUCCAAGAAAAAAAUAAACAUUCUGAAGGACAGACUAGUCACACGACCCAAUGGUGCUGAUCACCUAUGAAGCAGCAGGCAGAGAUAAAGGCGUUAAGUACCUCUUUGCAACAGAAUUGUGUACUAAAGUUUAAAAUUCCUGUAGCAGAAGUUGCAAAAUUGGGGAAAUUAUUGUGCUGUAUUUGUUCUUGAAAAUUAAUAUUUAUUGUAGAUAACAGAGUUUAAAUAUUUUCAGUUUUGUUUUGUUUUGUCAUCUGUUCAACCCACUCUGCGUAAUCUGUCAGUGUAUAGAUUCCUGUGAAAAUAGCUCCAUAGUGUUCCUGGCCAUACAUGUAAAUCAAGGGAGCCCCACAUGAGCACAGCAUAUUGAUUGCACCUCACGUUUGCCUCCAAUAUGACAUGUCCCAACAUGAUGACUCGUGAUGCACACAAUGCUUGUUGUGUUCUGUUUCUCAUUAUAGUUAGCCACAAUAAUCAUUUGCUAGAUGCUUUGGAUGCUCCAACAUGUCAUUAAAAGAAAAAUUAAAUCCCCAUUUUAUGAUAAUUGUUGUUAGGAUAAAUAUAUUUUUGGAUUACCUUUACAGAUGCACACUGUUAUGCAAACUUUUUCUGUAAAUGAGUUUUUAUUUUUCGGGGAGUAAGAAAAAGAAUACUAUAUGUGAGAACUUAUGGUGUAUUUCAUCUUGUGAUGCUAUCCUUAACACUUACCAUGCUAAACCCUUAACUGCAUGCCACUCCCUGUGUGCUGACUGAUUUUUUCUAUUUUCAACAGACUUUAAAUAGCUGUAAAGGACGUUUAGUUAGAGAUACAUAAAAGCCACACGUAUGGUUUAAAACUUUAAGGUUUCAACUUUACAUGGGUUAACAGUCAUGUGUAUGGGGCAUAUACUGUUUCCAAGAAGGGAUGCGGAUU